CAUAACUAAUGCAACUCACAGAAAAUCAUUGGUGUUUGUUUGUUUGGAUUCUCCAUGGCUUCCACCGACAAUGACUUCAAACUUACAAUGCUCCUAUUCUGUCUCCUCUUACUCACCUCCUUUCAUCUCACAGCUGGGCAGGUGGGCACCUUCUACGGAAGACUGGGUAACAACCUGCCCAGCUCAGCCGCCACGGUGCGCCUAUACCAGCAGAACAACAUCCGCAGGAUGCGCCUGUUCGACCCGCACGGCCCCACUCUCCGCGCCCUCAACGGCACCAACAUCCGCCUCAUGAUGGGCGUGUCGCACUCCGACCUCCGCGACCUGGCCAACUGCCCCCAGGCCGCGAGCGCGUGGGUCCGCCGCAACAUCCUCCGCUUCCCCAACGUCACCUUCCGCCAGAUCAUCGUGGGGAACGAGAUCGACCCCGCCUCGGAGCUGGGGCCCUUCGUCUUCCCGGCCAUCCAGAACGUGUACCGCGCCGUGCGCGCCGCGGGCCUGGGAGGGCAGAUCAAGGUCUCCACUUCCAUCAGCAUAAACCUGCUGACCCGCUACAGCCCCCCGCAGGCCGCCAGGUUCAAGUGCAGCGUGAACUGGUUCAUCAGGCCGAUCGUGGAGUUCGUGACGGAGACUAACGCGCCCUUGCAUUUCAACGUCUUCCCCUUCUACGCCUACCUCAACGAUCGCAGGAACAUAAACCUCUCCUUCGCGCUCCUGCAGCCCAACAGCGGCGUGGUCCUCGGCGGCGUCUACUACGACAAUCUCUUCUACGUCAUCUACGACGCGUUCAUCGCGGCCGUGGAUAAGAUCAUCGCCCAGGCGCCGCAGCUCUCCCUCAAUGGAAUAGGCGAGGAGAAGAAAACUCCGGACGGACGUCAUUCGGGGUCGAGUGGUCAUGGUUCAGACGGAAGUCACCCAGGUCGUAGUAUCGAUGCUCUAACUGACGGCCCCAUCAACACGCUCCAAAACGCCAGAAUCUACAUCAACAAUUUGAUGCGGGUGGUCAGGAACGGGACGCCCAUGAGGCCCGCCCGCCCUAUAGAGACCUACAUAGUGUCCAUGUUCGAUGAGAAUCUGAGGCCCGGCCCCUCCUACGAUAGGACUUUCGGUAUCUUUUUGCCCAACGGCCAGCCCAAGUUCCCCUUCCGUUUCCGCUAGCUCAUGCAUCCAUGCAUCCCAUUAUUUGUUUUACUUUUAUUUUUUGGCGUUAUAAGGAGCUUACCCCUACCUGUGUUUCUACAGCUCCAUUCUUGUGUUUGUGUGUCAUGUUAUUUCUAAUUAAGAUUGGUGCUCCACUCUUGUUUUUUAACUUUGAACAGCAAUGCUAAAUACUCUCCGUCUUUCCUAUUA